GAUGUAGAUGCGGAUCUUGAGUUGGCGCAUGCAGGAGAUAAAGUCUGGCUUGUGAAGCUCCCUAGAUUUCUGUUCGAGCGCUGGGAGAAUUGUGCUGAGGGUACCGACUUGGGAACUCUCAAGAUUAACGAAGCCAAUCGGCGUGACAUGAAGGUUGUGUUGAGUCCAGAGCUACAAGGAGGCGACUCUAAAGACGGGCAGCCAGAGAUUCCGGUGGAGUAUGCACUAGAAAUGAUCAACUCGAACCUACACAACACCUAUGUCUUCAGUGAACCACCGCUACCACCGCUGCAGAGCGGACAAGCCAUCCGUGGCAGAGUUGUACAUGACUGUUUGGUCAAACCCGUCGAUAAUCUUCACUACAGGAAUCUGCUACGAGGCCGCACAACAGCUGCUGACGUUCCUAGACGGCGCGUCAUUAGCAUGAACGAUAACGGUACCAACUUCAUCCAGCCCGGACAACUUGGUGGUUCCAAAUCAUUCAACACUUUCAUUCAGAGCAAGACUGGACAAGCAGUGAAGUGUCGUGAUGUCAAUGCACGUCUCCCAUUGAAGGAUCUUUACGAUGCCAUCUUCAAGUGUUUCGAGGAAUAUGAAUUCUGGUCCCUCAAAGCCUUUAAGAAAAAGCUCAAACAGCCAGAAGCCUAUUUGAAGGAUACUUUGGACAACAUCGCAACACUCCAUAAGCGUGGCCCACAUGUUGGAACCUGGGAGUUGAAGCAGGAAACCAAA